AUGGUGAACAACAGAGUACCGUCGGUAUUCUCCAAAACCUAUGUGACGCCUCGUCGUCCCUUCGAGAAGGCGCGUCUCGACCAGGAGUUAAAGAUCAUCGGAGAGUAUGGUCUGCGCAACAAGCGUGAGGUAUGGCGCGUAAAGUACACGCUUGCCCGCAUCCGUAAGGCUGCUCGUGAGCUGCUUACCCUCGAAGAGAAGGACCCCAAGAGGUUGUUCGAAGGUAACGCGCUUCUGCGUCGUCUUGUCAGGAUCGGAGUAUUGGAUGAGAAACAAAUGAAGCUCGAUUAUGUGCUCGGUCUGAAGAUCGAGGACUUCUUGGAGCGCCGUCUGCAGACCCAGGUGUUCAAGGCUGGUCUCGCCAAGUCCAUCCAUCAUGCCCGUAUCCUCAUCAGACAGAGGCACAUCCGUGUACGCAAACAAGUGGUGAACAUUCCUUCAUUCAUUGUUCGCCUGGACAGUGGCAAACACAUUGACUUCUCCCUGAAGUCGCCCUUCGGUGGCGGCAGGCCCGGUCGCGUCAAGAGGAAGAACCUGCGCAAGGGACAGGGUGGCGGCGCCGCUGCUGAUGAGGAGGAGGAUUAG